UUGCAGACGACCAGCAGAAUAACAGGUACCGUUGAAAUAAAGGUCGAAGAGAAAAAGGAGGUCCCUGAAGCGCCGGGCACACCUGUUUUCUGUGUAGGUGGAGAAGAGAUCAAAUUGGAUACGAAUCAACAUUUGACGCCAAUAACGCGGAAAAGGCCAAGUGAAGCAGAUUUGGAUAGUGAUAUUCCUAGUAAAAAAUUAUUACAUGUAAAAUCCGAUAAUAGCUUGCCCGUUAUCGCAGGAGAUUCAGUCUGUUAA